CCCGGGAGCCGCACACUCUCAGCGCUCCCCCAGCGCGUUUAUGGCAGCUGGGCUCUGCGCGCCUCUUGUGCAAGCCACGCAGCCUUCGGCAGGAGGCGGGUCUCUCGCCUACCGCCGCACGCGCCCCUGCCCCCCCCCCGGACCAACGGCUAGCGCGCGCCGGCCGACGGCGGGCGGACUCUGACUCUCGCGGGGGUGAUGACCGUGGCGCCACGCCGCCUCCUCCGUCCUCUCCUCGGCUCGCCGUUCCGGAUGGGAGACUCGCUCUCCAGGCUGCCCAGCAGCGCGGAGGCCCUGCCCGGCCGGAGCCAGAGCAUCCGGGUGUCAGCUCAACACCAUGUCAACGGAAACAGAACAGUGGAACCUUUCCCAGAGGGAACACAGAUGGUUUUAUUUGGUAUGGGAUGUUUCUGGGGAGCAGAGAGAAAGUUUUGGACACAGAAAGGAGUCUACUCCACUCAAGUGGGUUAUGCAGGAGGGUGUACCCCAAAUCCCACCUAUGAAGAGGUUUGUUCAGGGAAAACUGGCCAUACAGAAGCGGUGCGAGUAGUAUAUCAGCCAGAAAACAUCAGAUUUCAGAAACUGCUCAAGGUCUUCUGGGAGAAUCAUGACCCGACACAAGGAAUGAGGCAAGGUAAUGACUUUGGCACACAGUAUCGCUCGGCCAUCUACACGUUCUCUCAGGAACAGAUGGAAGCUGCUCUGCGAUCUAAAGAGGAUUAUCAAAAGGUAUUGACGGAGAGCGGUUUUGGCACAAUCACAACAGAAAUCCGUGAGGCUCCGGAGUUCUAUUACGCUGAAGAUUACCAUCAGCAGUAUCUAAGCAAGAACCCCAAUGGCUACUGUGGACUUGGGGGCACUGGGGUAUCCUGUCCAGUUAGUAUUAAAAAAUAAUCCAUGCGCACACUACUGCACAAACAUUGUAUUAUGUUUUUGCUAGAAACAUAAAGUAAAGCAACUUGAUGUGUUGUUGGAUGAUUACUCCCGGGGGAGUUCUUUGCCAAAAAAUUAAAAAUUCUUUGCACCGUAUUUUACAAUUCUGCAAAAUUCUGCAUAUUUUAGUUGUUAAAAGAACACAAUAUAAUCACGCCAGUUCCAAUUACUUUGGUAAUUUAUUUCAAAAUACCUGUCAGCAAGUAUGUCUGUAACAAUACAGACAACGAAAAGAUUCAGGAAAUGUUUUCUGACAAAUAGAUUCCUUACUAGGCAUAUUAAUAAAGAACUUGAUGUAUCUUUGUUGACAGUUAUAUUCUGGUUCAGUGAAAUUAAAUAUUUCAUUUAAAAAGAGUCAUUAUACAAAUGUAUGUUACACAAAAAUAUUGUAACGACCUGGCCUAAGAGGGCGCUAGCAUCCUUAAGGACUGUUUUGUGUCUGUCUGUCAUGUCUUGUCCAAGUUCAAGCUUCUAUGUGUAUUGUAAGGUUUUUGGGUCACACUAUUCUAGCGGGAGGGGGUUAGUGAGCUAGCGGAGUUUAAUUGUAGUAUAAUGGGUGAUUAGCAUGGGGAAGGGAGACCAAGGUAAGACUGUGGGUGUCGGGGCGAGUGUGUGUGCACAUGCGGGGUGUGUGGGUUUGUGUUUGUGUGGGUUGGGUCGUGUACAUAGUUUGCCAGCUGACACCCCUUCAUCUCCGGAGGUAGUAUGCACGCACCCAUGCCAGGUGCAGCCAGGAGUGCUGCGGUGAUGUGGUGACAGGUGGGAGCGGAGGAGGGCAGGUUCAGGCUGGCAGGGAAUAUAAGAGGGAGGGCAGCACCACUAGAGUCAGACGCACGCAGAGUGGAGUUUAAGGUGAAGAGUGCUCAUGUGCGUGUGAAGACAAACACACUCUACCCUCAAUCUCCCUUCCCCAUGCUAACCACCCACUAUCCUACAACUAAACUCUGCUAGCUCACUAACCCCCUCCUGCUACAGUGGUAGGACCCAAAAACCUUACAAUACACAUAGAAGACGUUAUGUGUGUACAUAACUAAUACAUUUUAAACAUGCAAAGCUAGAAAAAGGAAGCAUUUUGGUGGAAAUCACAAAUUCUGUGUGACAAAAAUAAAAUUGUGCGGAGAACAUUAA